AUAUUUAAGCGGUAUCCUUACUCUCUUUCAUUGUCGCAUAACCAUAUGCCGCCAUAGUUACACGGCAUCGUCUUCUCUUCUUCUGCGGUUCUACCGGACGGACGAAAAAACCCAGAAUCCAAAAAGGGCGGUGACGGGCAGUUGUUCUCAUCAGCUCCCAAGUUUGCUGAGUCAGGACCGAGUCAGACUAAUGGACAAGCCGAUGUCUGGCUCCGAAUCCGGUGCCACCACCGCUUACAACACCGUUUUCAUAGACACCAACCUCGACACCCACCUUGCAAUGAUCGUCUCGGAUUCCGAAACCGUUUCCGAUCUCAAAAAAAAGAUAGUGGAGGAACAUCCACUCUGCUUUCCCAGCAUUGGGGAGAUCAAGGUUCAUGCUUUAAAGGUGAAACGCAGAGGAUUUUUCUAUUACCUUUCAGAUUCAAUGUCUGUUAGAAGUGCUUUUGAGGGGGUCAGCAAAAGUUGGUUUCUUUCUGUUGAUGCCUCAAGUGUGAAGGGCCAGAAUGAAAUAAUGCCUUCCUGCAAACCUGAUUCUAGAAACCUAGCUGCCUGUUUUGACAUUGCAAAUAAUAAUUCUUCAGCUGAUGUGGUUGAUCUUCUACCUGAUGGUCCUUCCAGAAGGUUGCCUAACAUUAAUGAUUCAUUGUUACGGCAAGUUGCAGACAAACAUCAUGAGAAACAGAAUCUUACUGCUGAACAGUUUUGUUCGGGUAACUCCAGUGAUGAAAUGCCAACUUCAGGUAAUUCCAGUGAUGAAGUGCCAAAAGUUUUACAAAAGAAAGUUGAAAGGUUGGGUUAUAAUAAUUUUGAGGAUUUGCUCUGCCCUACCAGCAAUAGAUCAGUUCCACAAUUGCAGGACAAAUUUGAUGUUCUUGGUAGAGAAUUUGAAGAUCCAAGAACGUAUACUGCACCUAAAGAUGGGUCUACUGUGAAGAAAAAGCAUAAAGCUAAAAAAAGAAAUGAGGAUGCAGGACAAGACUGUGCUGCUAAGGAAAAUGAUUUGUUGGUCUUGGAAUCUGUUGACAAUGCAUCAAAGUUGGACAAUAUUGUCCUAGAAAAUUCUUUCAGGAGUCCAAGGAGAGAUGUGUCUUACAAUAUGAAUGGGGAGAACCAACAUGUUGGUUCUUCUAAAACAAAUAAUGAGUCAGGCACUGGAAUGGACACCACUAGCCUUCUUUGUACGGAAAUUCAAGUUCGACAAAAACAUAUUGAAUGCGAAAAUGAUAAACCUGAGAAUGGUGUUAUCAGUAAGCACAAGUUUAAGUCACCAGAAGAAAGCCCAGAAUCUGGGCCUACAGCAAAGAAAAAGCAUAAAACCAAGAAGACAAGUGACAAUGAUAUUCCUUUGACAGCUCAUGAAGCUUCAAUAUCUGACACUGUUAAAAGGACCUUCAGACAACAAGAGAUGACAACCUCCAGUUAUUCUUUAAGUGAAAAACUGGGAAGUGGAAUUGCAAUCUCAGACAAUAUUGAACUCUUGGAGGAUAACCUUAAGUUGACAGGCACUGCAAGCAGUAGGAAGAGGAAAAGAAAAGAGCAGACAUCAAAUCCUGAUCAAGUAGUUGGUGCAAUCUCUUUAGAAAAAGAUGAGGAAACAAAUAAAAUACCUUGCUCGGCAGAGAAUGAUAUAAGCAACACUGGUGUUGGCAAAGUGGGAAGGCAAAGUGAAGCAGCUGAUUUGGAAGCUGGACCAGUGAAGGAUAAAAAUGUUCUAGUGGACCAGUGUGCCAAUCGUGCAGAGGAUCAUCCUUACCCUAUGAUCCAAGAGGUUAAUAAUCUCCAGGAAAAUAGGGUCUCUAGUCGAGAAAAUCAAACUUUUGCAGGUGAAGAUGGAACAGCGGAUCUCAGGAAGUCCUCAAGGAAAAAAAGGAAGUCCAGCAAGACUCAGUGCCCAGAUGUGGGAGUGUCAAUGCCAUUGGAAACAGGGCAUGUUAAGGGAUCUGUGAAUGAUGUCUCUCCAACUAAGCUUCCUAAAUCUGUAAAUGACAAUGAGAUGGGCAACAUUAGUGCUGGAAAUGGGGAAAGCCCAAAUGAAGAAGCUGGUUUAGAAGUUAUGCCAGUGAAGAACAAGACAAUUUUGAUGAACCAGCAAGCCAGUCAUGUGAAGGGCCAUGCUUCCCCUACAGACGACAGGCUUAAUAAUCUCCAGGAAAAUAUGGUCUCUGGACAUGAAAAUCAAACUGUUGCAGCUGAAGAUGGAACAAUAAAUCCUCGAAAGUCUUCAAAGAAAAAAAAGAUGUCUAGAAAGACUCAAGAUCCCGAUGUAGUAACAUCAGCGCCCAUAAAUGAGAACAAUAUCAGCAGCAGUGGUGUCAGCAUUGGGGAAAGGAAAAAUGAGGCAGCUGAUUUAGAAGCUGUGCCAGUGAAGGAUAUGAAUAUAUUAGUAGACCAGCAGGCCAACCAUGCCAAGGGCCAUCCAUCCCCUAUGGUCCUCCAAGAGCUAAAUAAUCUCUGUGAAAGUAGUGUUGUUGGGCCUGAAAAUCUGCUUGUUUCAGUUGAAGAUAAAACUGUGGAAGCUGGGAGGCCUUCAAGGAAAAGAAAGAAGUCCAGAAAGACUCAGGGUUCAGAUGUUGAAACAUCAAUAACAUCAGGAACAGAACAUCUUAGGGAAAGCAACACUGAUAUUGUCAAUAGGGAAAGCAAAAAUUAUACAGCUGAUGUAGAUGCUGUGCCUGUGAAGGAUAUGAAUAUGGCAGUGAAUCAGCAUGCCAUCCACCUUGUUGAGGACCAUUCAUAUCAACAAGAGUCCAAUAAUCCCCAGGAAAGUAGGGUCACUGGACUUGAAGAUCUGAAUGUUGCAGCUGAAGCUGGGAAGUUUUCAAGGAAGAAAAAGAAGUCCAGAAAGACUCAGGGUCCAGAUGAAGAAACAUCAUUAGCAUCAGGAACAGAACAUCAUAGGGAAAGCAACACUGGUAUUGACAAUGGGGAAAGCAAAAAUUAUGCAGUUGAUGUAGAUGCUAUGCUAGUGAAGGAUAUGAAUAUGGUGGUUGACCAGCAUGCCAACUAUGUUGAGGACCAUUCUUCUCUCCAAGAGCCUAAUAAUCUCCCAAAAAGUAGGGUCCCUGGUCCUGAAAAUCUGUCUGUUGCAGUUGAAGAUGAAACCAUGGAAGCUGGGACGUCUUCUAGGAAAAGGAAGAAGUCUAGAAAGACUCAGGGUCCAGAUGCAGAAACGUCAGUGGCAUCUGGAACAGAACAUUCUAGGGAGUCACUUGGUGAUGUCUCUCCAACUGAGCCUCCUAUAUCCACAAAUGGUGAGAAUUUAAGUGAUAAAGCUGAGAAAGGUGGUUUGACUGAGCUGAAAGAAGCAUCAAAAAUUAAAACAGUAAGUGCUUCUCCAGCUGAUGAUAAGGGAGCUGAUGAAGUCAUUCAAGAUGUUUUGGAAUCCUUGCAGCAAUGCAACAAGGAUAUGGUAAAUCAGGACAUGGAUAAGAAGUCAAAGAAGAAAACCAAAAAGAAAGAAAGUUCUACUCUUGUGAAGAACAUAGAGACAAAGGGAAAAGAUGAUCUUGAUCAUUACAACCCCAAGGCAUCAACUGAUAGUGUGACAGACAUGAAUCCUUUGGCUGAAUCCUCAAAGGAGAAUAAGGUGGUGAAUACAACUUCAAUGAAUAAAUUAAACAGAUCAAAGAAAUCUAAGAAAAAUGCUGGCGUUGAAGGAAAUUGGGAAGUCCAUGAUGGUAACAAGAGCAUAAAUGCUGUCUGUGAAGAUGAGAGGAUUGAAAAACGACACCAGCAUGAAGCUAUUGCUUAUAGUGAGAAACUUGCUUGCAUUGUGACUGACAAAAAAGCAGUAGAUGACAAGGCAAAUGGUCCUGGUCUACAGUCUACUGGGUCCUCAUCUGAUAUAUAUCAUUCAGUGAAGUCAAGUGAGAAUCAUAUUAGUGGAGGAAAUGCUCAAGUAGUCAGCUAUGAACCCAUCCAAAAUCAAAGAUCAUCAUCAAAGAAUGUUAAUGAGUCUGAUAGCCUCAUGCUUAAAUCAAACAAGAAGCUCCCAAGCAUUUCAGGAAAUGGAGAAAAACUGAUGAAAUCUAAUGAGUCUCAAAAGUUGAAUACCCCACAAGAAGCUCAAACACCAACCCUCACCAAUUGUUCUAGUAGGAUAAAGACUAAAUUGAAGUUUGCUGCAUCAACUUCUGGCUCAGAAAGUUCUAAAAUUGUAAUUCCCCAAAACAGAAGUGGUAAUGCUCAUCAAUCUCAUUUGCCUGUUAGAAAAGCUCAGAGAAAUGAUAUUGGGGAUGUUGUAGAUAGCUCAGAACCGAAGAGGGGCCUGAUUGUGACAUCUGGUACCAUAGACGAAAGGGUUAAUAAGAGUAGAUCUACUGUGGCUGUUAGAAAGGCUGCAAGGAAUAACAAUGGAGUAGUAGUGAAUGGCUCAGACCAGAAGAGGAGUCUCCUGGCAGCAUCAGGUACAAUAUUUAAGGAUGAUGGCAAGGAGACUUCUGAUGAUGAAGACAAAACAGAUAACUCUGAUUCCAGUAUCAGAACUCCAAAUAGAUCAUCUUCGUCUGGAUCUUCUGAUAGUGAUGCAGACUCUAGUUUAUCAGACCAUGGAUCUUACAGCUCCAAGGGGGAAGGAGAUGGUGGAAGAAAAAAGAAGAAAUCAAUCAGGCCCUCAAGCCCCAAAAGCUUGUCUUUGGAAGCAAUCCUUCGAAGUUCAAGCAGGUACAAGAAGGCAAAGCUAACAUUUUCUCAGCCACAGUACGAUGACAUUGAUAGCCAGCCUGAUGAAUUCGUUCCAGAUAGUCAACCAAAAUAAUUGCCAUGAGUUCAUUAUAUUCCACCACUUGGUAUGUUUACUUUUCACCUUCAUGCGGUUUCCUUUCCCUCUUACUGUUUGGCUGCAGAGCAGCCCUGUUAUAUUGUAUGGCUUUACACCAAGUUUUGUAAUCCUUUUGGUAUGUAAAGCAUUUCCUUGACCAUACAAGUGAAAACAAAUUUUGGUGCUCUCUUUUUCCUGGGAAUCAAAUAGAGUUCAUGACAUCCC